AUGUCUUACAACUAUUGCAUCAAAGGCUACAGCAAGAGCGUCAAGAACACCAGAGGCUCCUCAAAAUUCGACUCAGCGAUACGUGCUGAGAACGAGAAGUUGAGGGACGAGCUCGUCUCACUACGCCUACGGAUCUCGGCAGCCGUUGACAACGAAGACACGAAGGGCCCCCGUACCUUGAAUGCACACUCGAUCGGACUUCAGUCGAAGCUGGAUAAAUACAACGAGAAGUCAGAGGGACUCAAGGCAGAAAUUGCCGAGUUGCAGGAGGUAAUCUUGUCUACUCUGAAGAUGGAUCUUAAACAAGAGGAGGAAGCACUUCAAGAAUCGCGGGCGCAUAUCAUCGCUUUUAGAGAAAGCGCGAGAGAGCACCCAGAUCGCGUCGAAGACGCCACAGCACGUAUGUUCAAGCCGACGUCCUUUCUUUCGGGUGCUCCGCAGAGGCCAGACCUCCCAAAGAUCAGCGCACUCGCAUGUUUCCUUAAAUCUCGGCCAUUCACCGUAGUGCCCGUGGAAAUUUUGGACCAAAUUAAACCCAUCAACAUCCUCAUACUUCCCAACAUGAAAGGGCUCGUCUGGUCAAAGGAUGACAUCAGCCGGGCCCUUUAUAUCACAUACUCCUACCGAUACACAUCGUCUGCCGGUGCAGUUGAUGGACAGUGGGAGAGCGACAGCUUCGCGGACGACAUCGGCCGUAUAAGCUACGAUCGGGAGGUGUUCGUCCGACGGCAAGAUACAUGGUUUUAUUAUGGGACCUACCAAUGCGUCGGCGAUGCCCCGCUAGAAAAUUGGGAGAAUAUAGAGGAGUGGAAGAGAGCAGUCAAGAAGGCGAUAGGCGCGAUGGACAUCCUCAAGACCCACGCCCCACGGGCGAUUCGCCGGUUUGCGAAUUCACUGCACGCCAAGGACGGUCCCCUGCACUCCCUACGAUGUCUGGGCCUCGAGCGCGUUGGGUUCCAUCAAGAACUCUAUGAUCUCCUGCUCUCAUCGAAGCAAGCAGUCAUUUCUGCCAAUCCCUAA